AUGACUUGGGCUGGUGUCAAUAAAAAAAGUAAGCGACAUUAUAAGAGUGAGGUUGAUGUGAAUAAUAGAGUUCCAAAUCCGAAAUAUAUGGAACAUUAUGAAUUUGAACUUGAAGUAUUAGCUGUGAAUGAAACCCAAGGAUUAAAAGAAAUUGUGAAAACAAUUAUCGUUUGGGCUGGACUUACAUAUGGGUUUGAACAAGAUUUGUUACAAUUCGCGUUUGACUCAGCUUGUAAAACUACCGAUAUAUUUCCAAUACCAAAUAGCCAAAAUCAUUUACCUGUAAUACACGUUGAAGACUUGGCCAGGGUGAUACAUAAAGUAAUAUCCGAUGAUCAAGCAUUGGAGUAUCAUUAUAUUUUUGCUGUUGAAAGUCCAAUAAAUACAUUAAAACAAAUCAUCACUGCUCUCGCUAAGUCGUGCGAUGUAGCUCCAAUGGUUGUGCCAUUAAAUACAUUCAUGAAUAAAUAUGAACUCAAGAGUAUUAAAUUAAUUGUAAUCGGUCCCCCGGCUUCUGGUAAGACCAAACUUGCACUUCAACUGGCGCAGUAUUAUGGUUUACUUUACUUGGAACCAAAAAAAAUAACUCAAGACUGUAUUAAUGGAAUUAGAGAAGAAAUCAGUUUACUGUACCACAAAAGUCAAUUUACCGAGGAUUCGGAAGAUUUAUUAGAUGAUGCUGAUGACCAAGCUGAAAUUAGUCCAAUUAUAACUAACAAAAUAUCAGAAUUAAAUAAAAAGCUAUCAAUGUUAUAUUCAUCUAUGGAUGCCAAUAAUGAUGAAUUGGAAGAUAUUUAUCUAAUUCCAUUAUUGAAUGAAAGAAUAGCACUUUUUAAACGUGGGUAUGUCUUGGAUGGAUAUCCAACGACAGUAGAUCAAGCCAAAAUGCUAUUCCGAUUCGAUGAUGCGAAUUUACUUCAAUCAAAUAUUGAUAUUAAUAAAUUGCCUGAUUUGACAGUUAAUUUAACGCAAAACGCAGAGGGUGAUAUUUUACCCGCUGAACAGAACAGUGAAAUCCAUAAAAAUACAAACACCAAUACGCUUAAAAAUGAAAGUGCAAAAAGACGACUCCUGUUCUCAGAAGUUGACAUAAUACACUCAUCAAAUUCUGACGUCGCAGUAGUAUCUAAUGUAGUUGCAGCUAAAGCCAUUCUGAAAAAACAAAUUAAAAAAAAAUCGUAA